AUGGAGAUCAAUACUUUAUCUGUUGAGAAUGACUAUUGCAAAUUUAUUGCCUUCGGCAGUGCUUCCCCUUUACUAGGAUAUGUUGGGAGAAGAAACUACUAUGAUCCACUUCCGAAGGAACAAAUUCGAGUCAGCGGUAUCAGUCCCAACCAACUUCUGGAAGCCGUUGACAACCUCAAGAGAGACUUCGUACGUAAUCAAAUGGAAAAUCACUGGCUUCUUCCCAGUCUUUCACCACUGCUUGCUCUGACAGCACAGGAGCUCGAGAAGAGCCGCGAAACCUCAUCCAUAGGGGAGAAUUCUCAAACUGAACGAAAGGAAUCAGCAGCCUCCGUUUUUUCACUGAAAGUGACAGGAGACGACUUGCAACACGCGGCUCGAUACAACGCAGACAAUAUGGAAGAGAAUUCCGUACAAAUGAGAGGAUAUGAAACGAGGCAUCCUCAAGAAGAACAUACAAACGCUGCCUCCAACUCUUCUCACCUCUCUGAUUCACCGGAUGACGCACGCGCGAAUACGCAUAGUUCCACAGAAGCAGUGGAAUUGGAUAACAGUCGUGACGAAGAAAUGAAGGAGGAGUGCGCAGAAGCUAUUACCAUAUUAAACGAGAUGCAGCGAGAACCUGAUGUUGAAUCAGUUGCGCAAAAGAUUCCGGAAACGGGAAUUGAAGAAAAUCAUACUGAAAAAAGUGCGUUGGAAUUACAGGACGAACGACGAGUUGACGACAGAGUUGAGAAGAUGUUUCUGCUAAGCACUAGCGAAAGCCCCGCUAUAGGCGAUGGGUGCGAUGUGCCCAAAAUCUUAGGUGAAGGUAAUGGAGCAGAGACAUCUCCGGAACAGGAGGCAGAUGGCAACUUAAAUGAGAGCGAGGAUCAAGAGAACCCCCGAAACGUGGAAAAUACACCUCGAGGUAGUGAGCAAAGUUCUGGGACCACAGAGCAGGCGGAUCAAGCAGAACGAGGGACUCAGAUUCAAGUGCCGACAUUGAAUAUAGAAAGUGACGCUGAUAAACAAACGCAGAAUGACUUACAGGAAGAAGACAAAGAUGUUUUUGACAUUGUAAAGGAGAGUCUACUAGAAGAGAAUAAAAACUCGAAUGUUUGCAGUCAGGAAGAUCUCGAACAUCCGUACGAAAUUGAAUCUGAUGAGUACACGUCAAAAGAAAGUGUAGGUGAAUUUAUGGAUGGAACAGUGGCUUUGCGUAAGCUCAGUAAUCUGACAGAGAGGAGCGAAGACAGUGGCGAAGAUACUGAUAGUUUGGAGUCGAAGAUUUUAGAAGUUCCCGCCAUAACAGCUAACAUUUCUGUAAUAGGAGAUGUCAAAGACGUGGAGGGAAUGGAAGACGAAGAUGAGCAAGUAGAAAUACCAAAAAGUGCGAGAGAUGUUGAAGGAGCUGCAAAUGUUCAGGUGUUGGAUGAAGUAACUAUUCCUCUCCCCUCACAAGACAAAAUCUUACAUAACGAAGUUUCCGAUAAAAUCGAAAACGAGGCGCAGGACGAAGUGACGAAUGCUGCCGUAUCUCAUGUGGACGCUGAUGUUUUAGACAAUGAUGCUAUUGUCGAUAAUGGGCAGAGUACGGCACUUGAAAUCGAAAAUGAGGAGGCACCCGCACACCGAAUAGUGGAAAAAUUUGAUACCAAUGAAGUUGACGCAAAUAUUGCUAACGGCGCAGAGGAGAAGCCACUGGAGAAAGUGGAGCAGUUGCUGGAAGAGCAAUCAUUGCAAGACCGUAAUAGUGAGAUUGAGGAAACCAAUACGAGUGCUAGCUUGAACGACAAUUACAGCGCAAGAGCGAAAAUCGAGGAAGUUCGAAGUGAGUUAUCAUGCGAAGAAGUAGAGGAACAGUCGAUAAGUGAGAUUGACAAUGUAAGCAAUAAGCAAGAAGAGGAAAAGAACGCGAAGGAUAGUUGUUUACUAGCAGCAGAAAACGUUGGAAGUGAAUCGAAUGAUAAUGGGGAAGCAUCAGCUGAGAACCAGCAAUCUGCGUAUGAGUAUAACGAAGAUGGAGUAACCAAUACUAGAGUUGACAAAAACAGUGUCGGUGCUGGGACUGUCCAAAAUAGUGACAGGGGUUUCGACGAAAAUGACAGUAUUUUGAGCAGUAUUGACCUUCGUGAUGAAUUAGGUGAAGGCAACAACGUUGAGGACCAGGAUACUGCACAAACAAUAACAACCGGUUCAACCUUCGAUGAAAUUGACAUUGGCCGACAGUCCUCUCUGGCAAGCGUUCUGAAAGAUGUUGAAGCUCGGCUGGUCCGAUUUCCAAGCGAAAUUUCGCAUGCUGAGGUAUCUACGUUGCGAAAGGAAAAGGAGUUCGAUGAAGCUCCAAUAAGAAGCCACUCAUUAUCGCCGCAGUUAUCAGAGACGCUGUCGACAUUAGGCGUUAUAGCUUUACCGGAGUUCGAGCUGACACACAAAUACCAUAUUCAAUCCCACAUCAACACUGCCUCAAGAAUCCCUGUCACCAUUCAGCCGGUAAACGACAAGCUUGUUGCAUAUUUUUGA